UUCAGAAAUUCUUAGGAGGUGGAGAUCACAAUGGUAGCUUUCAGUUAAGGCUCUGGCUCCCUGCAUCGUAUAGAAUGGGGAGGAAGGACAAACCUUAUAGAGCAUGUUACUUGAUAAUGCUCAUGUUCCUACAUACACUGAGAAUACGAUAAAGUAGCAGCACUAACUCUCAUUCUAAAGAAACAAACUCCAGCUUCUGACAGCUAAAAAUUCACAGUCAAAAAUGAGGCAUUUUUAUAACUUGGUAAGAGUAGAACAGUAGUUUAAGGCUAACCAAUAUUACAAGCUUCAUCUUAAGGAAAUACAUACUUGAUAGAGAUUAUGGAGACAACCACAUAGUUGGUCACCUUCCUUUAUUAAUUUCAUUUGUUAUGAAUAUUAUUUUUAUUGGAUCAGAUCUACCAGUCAGAACUGGAGGAAUGUCAAGUGAGCAAGUAUGUAGUAGGUCAUAAGGCAUGCUAAAAGUUGCUCUAAACUGUCUGAUGCUAGGUCACAAUUUAAAUGUGGUAAUUGUGGAAUUCCCCCCCACACACCCAGUUUUUUUGUUUGUUUGUUUUUGUUUAAUUAAAAUUCAAAGUGUGAGACCUGUUGCUUAGACAGUACCACUGCACAAUUUCAUCUACAAUUGUACACAGGUUCACUUAGCUACUUCCAUUAAGAGUUUAAAUUUUAGUUCUUCCAGCCUAACAACAGUACGCACCUAAGACAGGCUUGAAACAAACAUCUGCCUUCGUGGUAUAGGACUGCCUGAAAAUUUUGCUGAUCCCUAUUGCUGUGCUAUACAUUUAUGCAGUGAGAUCACCCUCCAUUCACCUUCUCUACCUGGAUCAAUUCCCCCAGUCAGUUUGCAGAGUGGGCACAACAGUGGACACAAAACAUGGUGCAUCCCAGUGGCAUAAUUGCUGUCAAAAAGCUCCGUAAUAUUAGAUCUCAAAUUUUUACACAUACGUUUAAAAUCAAGUUGAAAUUUACAGUUUGAGAAUUAAAAUUUAAAGUAAUACUGAGGUACCAUAAAGAAAAGAGGAAAAAAAGAAAGAUCUUAUGCUAAGCCUAUAGUAAAGCUGUGAAGAGGAUACAGUUCACUCUUCCUUAAACAAAUGUUCUUAUCAAUUAUUUUGGGAAGCAAUUACUCUUAGGGCUGGACAAAAAAGUCAGAGCACAAAAAAAUGUAUUGAAAGUAGAAAAAAUGAAAGAAACUAUGUAUCUCUCCAAUCCAGGGAUGUCGUGAACUCUCUGACUUGCAGACUAAAAUGUUGGAAGAUGUUCACUAUAUGUUAUACUGUUUUUUGCAACUACAGCUUCAUUUGAAAUUCAGACCUGCACUGGAUUAUUCAGACAAUGAAUCUGUAGUCAGAAAUGCCAUUUGUGUAGCAGUGUAAAUUGUUUAAGAAUUUCCUGGCUUUGAGCAGUCUUUGAAGUGAUACUUAGAAAAAAAAAAUAAAUUCUAAUCCUUUAACACUUCAAGAUUACAAUGGUGCAAUCUUCAAGAGGUGCUGGCAAAAUGAAAGUAUUUCAAUGCUGUGUGAACAGAAACAGGACCAAAAAAAUAACUUAUCAUCUCUAAGAUGAAGAUAGGAUUGGCAAGUCAUAAAUCUUGAUGCAACUCAGCCUUGUAGUAUGUUUCAACAUCAAAAGCAACAGCUGAAUAGUAAAAAUGGAGACUAUCUAGACAGUGGUAAUGCAGUACUGCAGUACUAAGAGGGGCAGGGGCUUAACAAAAAUCAGCUUUAGAGAUGGGCAGUAACCACUGCCUUUUUACCUUGAAAAGGUGCUUCAGCAGUUCAGCUACAGCACUACAGCACCCUUCACAAAGCUGAGGAGCUGUGCUUUACUAAUUUCUUUCUCCUCUUUUCAUCAGCUCUUUCCUAAUAGCAUUUCUAAGAUCAAGGAUGUUGGAGAGAGUGCACCUCAUGUAAAAGUCUUGAAAGUCUUCUGUGACUGUCUCCCCACUAAGGAGAAGGAUCAUCAAUAGCAUUCAGUAGCUUCUAAGAAGUUAGUGGAUUUUUCCUUUCAUCUCCUUGACAAAUGCUCCAAGUUUCCAACUGUUUUUUCUGAUGUUGUUGAGGCUUAUACAAGCAGAGUGGGGGGCUAUUUUUUUUAGUUCUGCAAAGUCACCUGGUAUUUGAAAUGCUGAAAAGGAAACUACGUUUUUUCCACAAUUUGCGAUUCAGACUUUUCUUGGGUCUAACUCUGAUUUUAGUAAUCAUUUCGGUUUUGAAAGUUAACCAGAAAUCAAACUGCUUGAAUCGAAGACAUCUUGAGCUGACUAAGGAAGACUCUAUUGGCGACAUUAACUGCACCAAGAUACUGGAAGGUGAUAUAGAAGAAAUUCAAAAGGUAAAGCUUGAGACCUUAUCAGUGUCAUUUAAGAAACGUCCCAGACUAACAACCAAUGACUAUAUCAACAUGACAACAGACUGUGCCUCUUUCACCAAGAUGAGGAAAUACAUUAUGGAACCUCUCAGCAGUGAAGAAGCAGAAUUUCCAAUUGCUUACUCAAUAGUGGUUUAUCACAAAAUUGAGAUGCUUGACAGGCUUCUGAGAUCAAUCUAUGCUCCUCAGAAUUUUUAUUGCAUCCAUGUUGAUAGAAAAUCUCCAGAAUCUUUUUUUACAGCUGUGAAAGGAAUAGUCUCCUGUUUUGAUAAUGUCUUUAUAUCCAGCCAGUUAGAGAGUGUUGUAUAUGCUUCAUGGAGCAGGGUACAGGCAGAUAUUAAUUGCAUGAAAGACCUCUAUAGAAGAAGUUCAAACUGGAAAUACCUAAUAAACCUCUGUGGCAUGGACUUUCCUAUAAAGACCAACCAGGAAAUAGUAGAGAAAUUAAAAGCCCUUAAAGGUGAAAACAGCUUGGAAACAGAAAUGCCUGUUUAUAAAGAAGUAAGGUGGAAAAAACACUAUGAGAUUGUUGAUGGUAAAGUGAAAAACACAGGUAUAGAUAAACAACUACCACCUCUCAAUACUCCAAUUUUUUCUGGUAGUGCCUAUUUUGUAGUUAGCAGAAGAUUUGUAGAAUACAUAUUAGAAAAUAGCAAAAUCCUCAAAUUUAUUGAGUGGGCAAAAGACACUUACAGCCCUGAUGAGUACCUAUGGGCAACAAUUCAGAGAAUCCCUGACGUCCCAGGUGCUGUUUCUUCUAAUGAGAAGUAUGACGUUUCUGAUAUGAAUGCACUGGCCAGGUUUGUCAAGUGGCAGUACUUCGAAGGAGAUGUGUCUAAAGGUGCACCCUACCCACCAUGCAGCGGAGUUCAUGUUCGCUCUGUCUGUGUGUUUGGCGUAGGAGACCUGAACUGGAUGCUGCGAAACCACCACUUCUUUGCUAAUAAGUUUGAUACUGAUGUUGAUCCUUUUGCAGUGAAGUGUUUGGAAGAAUAUUUGCGACAUAAAGCUUUGAAUCUGCAAAAGAACUGAAAUGCUGCAUGCUCCAGUUAUGAAACACAGGACCAAAGAACAUACAGCUAUAAAUUUUUACAGUCAACGCUGGUGGUGAUGUUGGUGGUGGUGAUGAUGAUGAUGGGAAUAAUGAUUAUCACUACAUUGGUAUGGUGAUGAUGUGGACCUUCUUUGUGCGUUGACAAGAAGGAAAGAAGACAUGCCUCAGAUGAAGAUGAGAAUGCCUUAUGUUGCACACUAGGGCUUGGAACUUGGGUACAUCACAGACAGUAGUGUUUGGAGGCUCAAUUAAUUUGAAUAUUUAUUAUCUCAAUAUGUGUUAUAGUAUAAUUAUUGGGCUUCCUGGGGUAAAACUACUUGUUGAACGCGUGGAAAAUGGAUGUUGUUCAUGAUUAUUUCUGAGUUGUUGGUGUUUUUCUUUUUUGUUACUGUUGUUUGUUUGUUUGUUUGUUUGUUUUCCCAAGAAUGUAAUGCUCACUGAAAUGGAGAAGUGAGGAGAAAUACGGGAAAGCAGCAGCUGGCCUGCAUGAAGUUCAUAUUGAGUGCUGGAAGAUUUCAGGAACUUAAUAAUUAAUUGAUUUGAAAAUUAAACAAAAGGGGAUAUACCAAAGCCAAAGGUCAUCAUUUAACUUAAAUAUGAAUGCUGCAGUUCUACAAUAUGUAACUCUUAGUCCUUCCGGAAAUCCUCAGCAAGGAAUAUUAAGGAUUUGUAUUUCUAUUUUUGUAACAGGAUCUUGCUUUUGUACUCUUAAGCCGUCCCUGGUAAUGUGAUAAGAAGUUUAUAUAUUAGUUCCUUGUUGUAUCGUCUCAGGAAACUUCAGUUUUGUGCCUGAUAAGAGUUGGAAUUUUACACUUACUGUAUCACAAGCUUUGCUUUUGGAACCAGAAUGACUCAAAAAGUCAUUCUCAAAGACUUAAAAGAAUUGUGGCAAUGUCUAAAUGUUACUGAUUCAACUGCUGAUUUCUACAUUCUGUUAGUUCAAGUUGCAUCCUAGACAAUUUUAGGUAUGAAAAAUAAAGUUAUUUUUCUGAA